AUGCGGUUUUACGGAAUGCGAAGUAGCAAGGAGAGGCCCAACCUUGUUCUAGACUAUGCACUUGCACUCAUUGCUUUGGGUACGGGUGGAAUGAAGCCUUGCGUGUCCUCCUUGGGGGAUCAUCAAUUCGAUGAUGGAGACCACAAAGAAGUUCUGAUGAAGCCCUUGUUUUUCAAAUGCUCAUUUUUUGCCGUUAACGUCGGUGCCAUCCUUGGAAUUACGCUAUUGGUUUACGCACAACAGGUUGCAGCGUUUCGUUGGGGUUUUGGACUAUCCGCAGGCGCAGCCAUUUGUUCUAUCCUUAUCCUAGUUGGUGGUAGCCCUUAUUACCGUUUCAAAAGCCCAAAGGGAAGCCCUUUCCUUAGGUUUCUUCAGGUUGUGGUGGCCUCCACCUGGAAUAAUCUAAAUGGGGUUCAUCUUACAAAUGAUGAAACUCCUCUCUAUGAGGUCCAAACUACGGAGUCUGAUAUCGUUAGCUCAACCAAGCUCCCUCACACCCCACAAUAUAGGUUUUUUGACAAAGCAGCAGUUAUGGUAAAUGCUGAAGACAAAAGCAACCGGUGGCGCAUAUGCACGGUGACACAAGUAGAAGAGUUCAAAACCUUCAUUCGAGUCCUUCCGGUGUGGGCUUCCACCAUCGCUCUCUCUCUGUCUUACGCUCAGCUCUUAACCUUCUUCCUAGGCCAAGCCAAUGUCAUGGACCGAACACUUGGUGACAGCUUCAAAAUUCCCACAGGUUCUGUCCCUGUCUUCAGCGCUAUCACUCUCAUUCUCCUACCCAUCUACGAGAAACUCAUUGUCCCCUUUCUCCGCAACCUCACCGGCCACCACCGCGGCAUCACAUCGCUGCAGGGGAUAGGCGUAGGGCUGUUCGUCUCGGUCUUCGCCACCGCUUCCGCGGCGUUGGUCGAAAUGAAAAGACGUAACUACCCGUUGGAACCGUACAGCAUGAUGAGCGUGUUCUGGUUGCUCCCUCAGUUUUUGCUAAUGGGCACUGCUGAAGUUUUCACGUACGUGGGGCAGUGGGAGUUUUUCUACGAUGAAGCCACGGAUGGCACAAGGAGCACUAUCAGUGCGAUGUGCCUUUGUGAGAUUGGGAUCGGGAGCUGGUUGAGCACUGCGCUGGUGAAGAUAAUUGAAGCUGCGAGUGGUGGACAAUACAAAGGGUGGUUGAGGGACAACCUUAAUGAGAGAAGGUUGGACUACUUUUACUGGGUUUUAACGGCUAUUAAUGGAGUCAAUUUUUUGGUUUACUUGGUUGUGGCGCAUAGUUUCAGAGGGAAAGGAGCACAUGUUAUGGAUGAGGCUAUGGCUGAAUUCACUAAUCCCCAAUACUCACAACCAUGA